GCCUGGGACUGGAAGAGAAGAGAAGCAGUCUAAAUGUCUCUAUCCAGUGAUGAAGUAAUUCCCCUUCAGAGACCUGCCUUUGGCAACCCAACAACUCAUACCGCCUCUCCCUUGUUGUUUGACCCAGAAUAUGAUAUUUACUUUCAUCAUCCGGGUUACCCAGAUCCUCAUAACAUCCUUCUAAUUCUGCCAGGCAUUGACCACCCGAAAGGUGGAAUUCAUCAUCGAAUCGCGCUCUCGGCAUGUGGUGUGCUUGCCAAUAACAACUUUAAUGGCUGGUUGACAGAAGACCGUGAAGGAAACGUACGGGUGGAGCUACCGCUGGACGGUAUCCUUCACAAGAGAGACUAUUACUUCCAUGUGCCGGGUGAUCAUCCAGAUCCAUACCCUAUUGUCCCUAGUUUCGAGGACUGGAUAUUCCCCCAUGAGAGGUUGCCGCCUGGGUGGAAGAUUGAUAUCCCUCGCGAGGCAAGCCAUCCAACGCCAAGACAGAGCACACUCGCUGAAGCUGUUCUCUCACGCGACAUCCGCUGCCGAUUAACCAACCACAUCGAAGGAACGGAGUGUGCUCAUCUUAUUCCUCGAAGUCAAAGCAUAUGGUUCCAGAGAAACAUGAUGAGUAGAUAUGGUAGACUUCCUCGACCAGGUGGUGAGCCAGUAGACACUCCCCGUAACGUUAUCCUCCUCCGGUCGGAUAUACACUCAUCAUUUGACUAUAAACGGUUUUCUUUUGUACCCAAACCUGCACAUGCCAUCAAUAACAGCGCUCAGCCCACGGGCAAUCAACCUCUAUCAUAUGUCACUCAUCUAGUGAACUCUCCCGAACCGCAUGAGCUCACAUCCCUUUACCAUAAUGUAAAGCUUCAGCCACUCUGUGGUGUAGCUCCUGAAUAUGUGUUUGCCCGAUUUGCAUGGACUAUCUUUCAGUAUAUCCCCAUGUUCUUACAGGCGGGCGUCCCCCGACGUCUCGCAUUGUACCAAGCCUCUACGGGCUUGACUGCGGUUGGAGGUCUACCUGCGGUGAAGGUGGUCAGUGCGGAAGAGUGCCGUUUAAUGCCUAUCAGGGAGAAAUCUCGAAGUGCUAGCCCCAAGAAACGGAAGCCAGAUGAAGCCUGUCUUGAGGAGGAUGAACGGGGAAGAACGCGGCAACGGAUUGGCUCGGCUAGCUUACCACGGGCACCAUCAUUCGAGUCGGACAUUACAACUGACGGCCCAUGGUAUCUAGGGAGCGUGGAUACCGAAUUAUCAGAUAUCGAUGACCGUGAGGAAGGUGAAAGCAUGAGCCCUUCUUUUGUAACGUCCGACAAGACACAUGGGCCUGCUCUUUCCAUUGAACGUGGCCCAUGCAACCUUAGUUAAUACAGGUCACCGUGAUUCUUACACUUUCUAGUUGUAAAUUCCAAUAGUCAAACAAGAGAAAGCAACAUGAGUCCACAUAACCAUCGCUCGCAGUUCCGUCCAGGUGGCUGCGAUGACGAGGUACGUUGGUAGGGUAUAGG